GGCGGCCGCGUCGCCCUCGUCCGGGCUCACGCUCGCCCUCCGCCUCGCCGAGCCCCGCGAGGCUGAAACGCUUUCUCCCAGCAUGCAGCGGGAGGAGGGAUUUAACACCAAGAUGGCGGACGGCCCGGAUGAGUACGAUACCGAAACGGGCUGCGUGCCCCUUCUCCACCCCGAGGAAAUCAAACCACAAAGCCAUUAUAACCAUGGAUAUGGUGAACCUCUUGGACGGAAAACUCAUAUUGACGACUAUAGCACAUGGGACAUAGUCAAGGCUACACAAUAUGGCAUAUAUGAACGCUGCCGAGAAUUGGUGGAAGCAGGUUAUGAUGUACGACAGCCGGAUAAAGAAAAUGUCACACUUCUUCACUGGGCUGCCAUCAAUAACAGAAUAGAUUUAGUCAAAUACUAUAUUUCGAAAGGUGCUAUUGUGGAUCAACUUGGAGGAGACCUGAAUUCAACUCCAUUGCACUGGGCCACAAGACAAGGCCAUUUAUCCAUGGUUGUACAACUAAUGAAAUAUGGUGCAGAUCCUUCAUUAAUUGAUGGGGAAGGGUGCAGCUGUAUCCACUUGGCUGCUCAGUUUGGACAUACCUCAAUUGUUGCUUAUCUUAUAGCGAAAGGACAGGAUGUAGAUAUGAUGGAUCAGAAUGGAAUGACACCGUUAAUGUGGGCAGCUUAUAGAACACAUAGUGUGGAUCCAACUAGAUUGCUUUUAACAUUCAAUGUUUCAGUUAACCUUGGUGACAAGUAUCACAAAAACACUGCUCUGCACUGGGCAGUUCUAGCAGGGAACACCACAGUCAUUAGUCUGCUUCUGGAGGCUGGAGGGAAUGUGGAUGCUCAGAAUAUCAAGGGUGAAUCAGCACUUGAUUUGGCAAAGCAAAGAAAAAACGUGUGGAUGAUCAACCAUUUGCAAGAGGCAAGGCAAGCAAAAGGGUACGACAACCCUUCUUUCCUUAGAAAGCUGAAGGCUGACAAGGAAUUUCGGCAAAAAGUAAUGCUAGGAACUCCAUUCCUAGUAAUUUGGCUGGUUGGGUUUAUAGCAGACCUAAAUAUUGAUUCUUGGCUCAUUAAAGGGCUAAUGUAUGGUGGCGUUUGGGCUACAGUACAAUUUCUUUCCAAGUCCUUUUUUGAUCAUUCAAUGCACAGUGCAUUGCCCCUUGGGAUAUAUUUGGCAACCAAAUUCUGGAUGUACGUGACAUGGUUCUUCUGGUUUUGGAAUGAUCUCAACUUUUUAUUUAUUCACCUUCCUUUUCUUGCCAAUAGUGUUGCACUUUUCUACAAUUUUGGAAAGUCCUGGAAAUCAGAUCCAGGGAUUAUUAAAGCCACAGAAGAACAAAAGAAAAAGACGAUAGUUGAACUUGCAGAGACUGGAAGUCUGGACCUCAGUAUAUUCUGCAGUACCUGCUUGAUUCGGAAGCCAGUUAGGUCCAAACACUGUGGUGUGUGCAACCGCUGUAUAGCAAAAUUUGAUCAUCAUUGCCCAUGGGUGGGUAACUGUGUAGGUGCAGGCAACCAUAGGUACUUUAUGGGAUACCUGUUCUUCUUGCUUUUUAUGAUCUGCUGGAUGAUUUAUGGUUGUAUUUCUUACUGGGGACUUCACUGUGAGACCACUUACACGAAGGAUGGAUUUUGGACCUACAUUACACAGAUUGCUACGUGCUCGCCUUGGAUGUUUUGGAUGUUUCUGAACAGUGUGUUUCAUUUCAUGUGGGUGGCCGUGUUACUCAUGUGUCAGAUGUACCAGAUAACCUGUUUAGGUAUUACUACCAAUGAAAGAAUGAAUGCCAGGAGAUACAAGCACUUUAAAGUCACAACAACAUCUAUUGAAAGCCCAUUCAACCAUGGAUGUGUGAGGAAUAUUAUAGACUUCUUUGAAUUUCGAUGCUGUGGCCUCUUUCGUCCUGUUAUCGUGGACUGGACCAGGCAGUAUACUAUAGAAUAUGACCAAAUAUCAGGAUCUGGGUACCAGCUUGUGUAGCAGCAUCUUUAUCCUAGGAAACAAUGUUGCUGAAUGGUGCCUGAAGAUUGUGUCUGUCCGUGUCUCUCUCACUCGAAUCCACAUCCUUGGAACAAAUAGCAUGCUAUAUGUAGGGCUAACAGUGACUUUUACAGUCUUUUUUUUUUUUUUUUUCAGUACUUUAUUAACAAAAGCAAACAUGGACAGAACACACUGCCACUUCUAGGAAGAAUAAAGAUCAUAAAAAGAAUUUUCACAGUUCUUAAUAUAGGAAUUCACAUCAUACUCAAACUUGUUGAUUUUGUUUUCAUAAUUUUUUUCAUGAAAAGUGAACUUACUCUGUUACUAGAGAUGGCAUACCAAGGAUAAAUGUUCUUAUAACUAAAACUCAAUUUAUGUUAUAUGGCUAAAUUGUAUUAUGCAAUCUUAAGAGUAUUGCAUUUAAUUCCAGGAAAAUUGUCUGAAAAUGAUGACUAGUAUUAUGUACAUUUUGGAUGUACAUGUAAAUACUGUGAUGAAAUCAUGUGGUUUUAUUAGAGAUCUACUGUACUGUGUCCCCAAAGGCACAAGAAAAUAAUGUUCAUGGAAACGUGCUCACUGUUCUGUUGCCGCCAGCUGUUGCAGUGCUGGUUUAUUUCUAGUUCAGUGAAAUAAUUUCUAGUAACCUUGCUCUGAGGUCUCCCGGUCUGAUAAUAAAGCACUUGCAUGAGUUUA